GAGUGGGCGGGGCCAGAGCUCAGGGCUGCUGUGUGUCUGUCAGCGGUGAUUAGAGCGACAGGGAGCAGAGCGUCGGAGUGUUUCUGUCUCUCGGCCUGACAUGGCCUGUCUGAUGGCCGCCUGGUCCGUCCACAACCCCACCGUCACCAACUCCAUCAUCAUGAACACCAACGGGCCCCCAGACCUCAUGUUGGAUCCACGGACGGUAUGUGUUUGUAUGGACGAGGUGGUCAAGAAGCGGCCGGCGGGCAGCCAGCAGACGCCGCUGCUGCAGGGACACCUGAAGAAGGUGGAGAACAACCUGACGGAGGCCCAGAGGUUCUCCUCGUUACCUCGGAGACCAGCGGUCAACAUCGAGUUCAAGGACGUCUCGUACUCCGUCAGAGAUGGACCCUGGUGGAGGAAGAAAGGUUACAAAACUCUGCUCAAAGGGAUUUCUGGGAAAUUUACCAGCGGGGACCUGGUCGCCAUCAUGGGGCCCUCAGGAGCCGGGAAGUCCACCCUCAUGAAUAUCCUGGCCGGGUACAGGGAGACGGGGAUGAAGGGUGAGAUCCUGAUCAACGGGCAGCCCAGAGACCUGCGCUCCUUCAGGAAGGUUUCUUGUUACAUCAUGCAGGACGACAUGCUGCUGCCUCACCUCACCGUCCAGGAGGCCAUGAUGGUUUCAGCCAAUCUGAAGCUUCAGGAGAAGGUGGAGGCUCGCAGAGAAAUGGUCUGGGAGAUCCUAACGGCUCUGGGUUUACUGGACUGUGCUAAAACCAGGACGUCUCACCUGUCGGGGGGUCAGAGGAAGAGGCUGGCCAUCGCUCUGGAGCUCGUCAACAAUCCUCCGGUCAUGUUCUUCGAUGAACCCACCAGCGGUCUGGACAGCUCGUCCUGUUUCCAGGUGGUGUCUCUGCUCAAAGCUCUGGCUCAGGGAGGACGCACCGUCAUCUGCACCAUCCACCAACCCAGCGCCAAGCUGUUUGAACUGUUCGACAAGCUGUACGUGCUGAGUCAGGGUCAGUGCAUCUACAGAGGGAGAGUCUCCAGUCUGGUUCCUUACCUCAGAGACCUCGGACUCAACUGCCCCACAUACCACAACCCGGCAGACUUCGUGAUGGAGGUGGCGUCCGGGGAGUACGGGGACCAGAUGUUGCGGCUGGUGAAAGCCGUCCAGGACAGGAAGUGCGAGAAGGAGGAUCAGACGGAGCUGAACGGAGACGUGAGCCUCCACCCGCUCCUGUGGCAGCGCGCAGAGGAGGAGAGUUCUUCGUCUGAAGGAUGCCACAGUUUCUCAGCGAGCUGCAUGACUCAGUUCUCCAUCCUGUUCCGGAGAACGUUCCUCAGCAUCCUCAGAGACUCGGUGCUGACUCACCUGAGGAUCUCGUCUCACAUUGGGAUCGGCGUCCUGAUCGGCCUGUUGUACCUGGGCAUCGGGAACGAGGCCAAGAAGGUCCUCAGUAACUCGGGCUUCCUCUUCUUCUCCAUGUUGUUCCUGAUGUUCGCCGCUCUGAUGCCCACCGUGCUCACAUUUCCUCUGGAGAUGGGAGUUUUUCUGAGGGAACAUCUGAACUACUGGUACAGUCUGAAGGCUUAUUAUCUCGCCAAGACGAUGGCAGACGUCCCCUUCCAGAUCGUGUUCCCCGUGGUGUACUGCAGCAUCGUGUACUGGAUGACGGCUCAGCCUCCCGACGCCGGACGCUUCUUCCUCUUCCUGUCUCUGGGGGUUCUGACCUCUCUGGUGGCUCAGAGUCUGGGACUGCUGAUCGGAGCGGCCUCCACCUCGCUGCAGGUGGCGACCUUCGUGGGUCCGGUCACAGCGAUCCCGGUGCUGCUGUUCUCAGGGUUCUUUGUGAGCUUCGACACCAUCCCCUGGUACCUGCAGUGGAUGUCCUACAUCUCCUACGUCAGGUACGGCUUCGAGGGCGUCAUCCUGUCCAUCUACAGUCUGGACAGAGAGGACCUGCACUGCGAUGAGGACGACACCUGUCACUUCCAGAAGUCCGAGGCCAUCCUGAAGGAGCUGGACAUGCUGGAUGCCAAACUCUACCUGGACUUCAUCGUCCUCGCCAUCUUCUUCUUCUCUCUGAGGCUCAUUGCGUACUUCGUCCUGCGCUACAAGAUCAGCGCUGAGAGGUAGACCAGGACCAGGAGGACCAGGUGGAUGAAGACCUGAGCGGCAUUUAGGACAAAACCCAUUAAGAUAGCGUGUAGCUGUGGAGGACACUUGCUUUGAAGCAGACGACACAAAGAAGAGACGUAGAUCUGAUUUAAAGGUCUCUGAGUGUCAUUAGAGGACAGAGUGAGGACACGGCAGGUCCUGCAGGGACAGGAGCUGGUCUCCUGAACUGUGCCACAACCUGCAGGACCACAGGAAGCCCGGAUUUUAUUCACAGUUUCAACAAUAAAGGCCUCUGCGGUCAGGGUGAAGCGGUUGGACAGACUCUUUUAAAGACUUUUCUGUUAGUUUUUUGUCUUGGAGGACCAGUGUCCUCACAAACACUGUGUAUCUCAAGAAAGUCAAGAUUAAUUAUGUCCUGAAUACAAUUUUUAUUUACUCCUUACUGUUAAAAAUUCACAUGUUGGGAUUUUCACACGAAGACCCCAUUUAUGCUGGGUCUCAUAAUUUUAAAAGGGGUGUUAAGAUAGCUAUCAGAAGUAAUAAUACUUCAAAUGUCUAAUUUCAAAAACACCAAGUAUAAAGAAUGUAUCAAUCACAUUAUAUAAUAUGAUUUGAUUUACAUUAAAGUACCCUAGGGAACAUACUCUUAACUGCUAUUUGGUGCGAGAACACAACAACACAACCAUACAGAAAUAAUAAAGAAACACUUUAUUAAAUGUCAUUUGUUUGUUUUAUUGUAGAGCAAGAUAUUGGUCAUCAGACAUGGCGGCUGAUUAACGUAUUUCUAUACAUCCAUAUGUAUGCAAACAGAUUUAUUUGCUUAUUUUUGUUUUCUGCAGAUUUUCUGAGUCAGGUCCUGCAGGGACAGGAGCUGGUCUCCUGAACUGGACCACAGGAAGCCCGAAUUUUAUUCAGUUUCCACAGUAAAGGCCUCUGCGGUCAGGGUGAGGAGGUGGGACUGACUCUUUUUAAGACUUUUCUGUGCUUUCAGUUUUUGUUUUGGAGGACCAGUGUCCUCACAAACACUGUGUAU